AUGGACCGGUCCCAUUUGUCACUGGAUUCCCUUAGCCUGGCUGAGAUGGUCAGUCCAUAUGAAACUGAUCUCGAGGAUGAGGAGGAGUGGGAUGCAGACAUGGAAGCUGAAGGUAGCAGCGGAAAGAACAUGUCCACCGCGGAGCUGUACCUGCAGGCCUGUACGAUGGUGGGGGUUGUUCCUGUCAGAUACUUCCUGAGAAACCUCGGCUCUGACACCAUCAACCUCAACCAUCAUGGCCUCGGCCCUUUAGGAGGAAAAGCAAUAGCCAUCGCUCUGGUGACUGAUGUGCACACAACAACACUGGAACUGAAGGACAAUUUCUUGCUGGGUGAGGGAGCAAGAUAUAUUGUGGAGAUGCUGAAGGCCAAUUUCACCAUUCAAAACUUGGACCUCUCUGACAAUCACCUCCAAUCUGCAGGAGCAGAAUGUAUUGCAAAGCUGCUGCUGGAUAACAUUUCUAUCAAAUCAAUCAAACUUUCAGGAAAUGAAUUCACAGACGAUGAUGCCAAAUGGUUUGCAGAAGCCUUUUCAACCAACUACAGAGUAAAGGAGCUGGAUCUGAGUCACAAUCAGUUCUGUGGAAGAGGUGGUGAACACCUGAGCCAAAUGCUAGCUAAUAAUGAGGGAGUCGAGGUUCUUGACCUCAGUUGGAAUCAUCUCAGAAUGAAAGGAGCUGUGGCUUUCUGUGCUGGACUUAAAGUCAAUGUGACUUUGAAACACUUGGACCUAUCCUGGAAUGGCUUUGGUAAUGAGGGAGCUCUGGCUUUAGGUGAGGCUCUCAAAUUCAACAACACUCUAGUGUACCUGGACUUCAGUAACAACCGCAUUACCAAUGAAGGGGUGAGCAUGCUUUGCAAGGGGCUGGAGUCAAACGAUACGCUCAGAAACCUAAAGCUGGCCUACAACUCUCUGACAGUAGAAGGGGCCCUUGCAUUGAUCGGGGUAAUAAAGAACAGUCCUAAAACUGCCCUUGAGGAGAUUAACAUCUGUAAUGUGCUGGUGAAUGAAAACUUUAUGCAGCUCUUGGAGUUAACGUGUCAGGAACAUCCCAGUCUAGAGGUGCAGUAUGGGGGCGGUGGGGGCUUUAUUGCUAAAAAACCUCCAAAGCGGCUCGAUCCUAUGAAAGUCAUUCAGGACUAUCUUGAUCAGCGAAAGCUCCGCCUUUGGGAUUUCUUCCGAAAUAUUGACAAAGAUGGGACAAUGCAAGUUCCUGUCUCAGAAUUCCGAAAGGCCGUACAGCAAUCCAGUAUCCCACUGGAACAAUUCCAGAUUGAAGAGCUCAUCCAAAAACUGGACCGAGAUAGAACUGGCAUGGUAGACUAUAGGGGAUUGGCUGACACCAGGAAGCAGAUGAUGCGGGACCACCGGCGGCAGCUGCGGAAGGUGGAGUCCCGACAGAAGAAGGAAAAGCAGAAGAGCGAGCGUAUCCUCAAGACAUUCCAGAGCGCUGUGGAGGCCGUCACACCACGCAGCUCCAUGGUCAUGUCGCCAGGCGGAGCAAAGGAAGACUCCAGUGGCCCCCGGCACUUCUCGGCCACGCCCCUUAGCUCCUGGCACCACAUCACGAUGUCUAACAGCGGCCGCUACUCAGUCACUAACAUGAACAGUGAGCAUGUGCACCUCCCUAUGAUAGGAGGAGCCGCCAGCUCCCACAGGACGCCAAGCUCCCCAGCCAUCCGUUCCUAUUCCCAGCCCAACCUGACAGAGGAUGGCCCUCGGCUCUCUCUCGCCAAACCCGCCUCAGUCCAAGGAUCGUGCUUGACCUUCAGUCCAGGUGACCUUAGCCCUGUGGCCAACCACCUGACCAGGUCAAGGCCAGCACUAAAUGCCACAAAACCUGCAGCAAAAAUAUCUGAAAGGAAGAAAAACAGGCCUAAAAAAUGA